AUGUCUCUGGUGUCUUUACCGCAAGAUUUACCUUCCAUAUUAAAGAGCUACCUUCCUACCACCAACUCCGACAAAAAAUUUGUUACCUUAACAUAUGCACAGUCUAUCGAUGCACGGAUCUCGAAAGGUCCUGGAAUAAGAACGAUUAUUUCACAUCCAGAAACCAAGACAAUGACUCAUUAUUUAAGAUAUCACCAUGAUGGUAUUUUAAUAGGAAGUGGUACUGUUCUUGCUGAUGAUCCUGGGCUUAAUUGUAAAUGGGCACCUGAUGGUAGUCAAGAAGAAAUUCAAGAGCACUCGCCAAGACCAAUUAUCUUAGAUACCAGUGGUAAAUGGAAAUUUACAGGUUCUAAGAUGCAUGAAUUAUUUCUACAGCAACAAGGGAAACCACCAAUCAUUAUUGUAGAUAAAAUACCCAAUGACAAAGAAGAAUAUGUAGAAUAUAUGCUAGCUACGCGUGAUAUAGAAACUGGGUCAUUGAAUUGGUUUUCGUUAACAAAGAAAUUACGUGAGGAUUAUAACAUUAAUUCAAUAAUGAUUGAAGGUGGUGCAAAAGUAAUAAAGCAAUUACUGCUGAAGCCUGAUUUGGUCAAUAGUCUUGUUAUUACAAUUGGAUCAACAUUUUUGGGUAAAUCUGGUGUUGAGGUAAGUCCCGAUGAGUCUGUUGAACUUAGUGACAUUAAUUGGUGGAAGGGAACUACGGAUACAGUUAUGUGUGCAAGACUUUCAAAACGAUAA